AUGAAUCAAAGCCAAGACGAGGUCGAUCAAACCAAGAAACCACAAUCUUCGUCAGAUUUAGAAUCUGAAAAGCACGUCGAGGUAAAGGGCAAGAACAUCAAUCCUCAAACCUCUGAUUACGCUCCCUACCCAAAGCUAGACCCUAAGGACGUCGCUCCUCCUCCUGAGAAUUGGUCCAACGUAUCCGUGGGAUCAACAACACAGUCGAACCCACCAGGCCCAACCGAAGGCCCAUCUCCUAUUGCCGGAAUCGCUGCCACAACCAUGCCGGCUGAGUCCAAUCCUUACGUGUCUCCUGGCCCUGUUGCUCCUUCUUCCUCCAAGAAUAAAAUGGAUGCGGUGAAGGAUGUGUUAGGGAAAUGGGGAAAGAAGGCGGCAGAGGCAACGAAAAAGGCUGAGGAUCUUGCUGGCAACAUGUGGCAACACUUAAAGACAGGCCCUAGUUUUGCUGAUGCUGCUGUGGGAAGAAUUGCUCAGGGAACCAAAGUUCUCACAGAGGGUGGUUAUGAGAAGAUUUUUCGACAAACAUUUGAAACUGUUCCUGAGGAGCAACUUGUGAAGACUUUUGCAUGCUACCUAUCUACUUCAGCUGGUCCAGUUAUGGGAGUUUUGUAUUUGUCAACAGCAAAGCUUGCAUUCUGCAGUGACGAUCCUUUGUCUUACAAAGCUGGUGAGGAAACUCAAUGGAGCUAUUAUAAGGUUGUUAUUCCAUUACAUCAGCUGAAGGCUGUAAAUCCAUCUACAAGCAAAGUCAAUUCAGCUGAGAAGUAUAUCCAGAUUAUCUCUGUUGACAACCAUGAAUUUUGGUUCAUGGGCUUUGUGUACUAUGAUAAUGCUGUUAAAAGCCUUCAAGCAGUACUGCAGCACCAUGCUUCAUGA